GAGGCGACCGCGGAGCGUGGAAAAGACUCGAAGAGUUUGCGAGUGAACAGAGGCACGAGGAAGCAAAGAAGGAAAAGAAAAUGGCGGAGGCGAAGCAAAAGCACCCUCGUCUGAUCCUCCGCAAUUUCCUUACCCUUUUUCAAUGCAAGGAGCUGGAGUUCAUACACAAGAGCAACAGCACGGUUGGUUACAGACCCAACGUCUUCUCCACCACUCUUUCCCAUCUCAUUGCCACCAACUCCCCACACCUCGUCAUGCCUUUUGUUCCAAUCCGAGAGAGUUUAAAAGAGAAGGUAGAGGAAUUCUUUGGGUGUGAGUAUGAGCUCUUUGUUGAAUUUACUGGUUUAAUCAGCUGGUGCAGAGGGGCAAGCAUUGGAUGGCAUAGUGAUGAUAACAGACCCUAUCUUAAACAACGUGCCUUUGCGGCAGUCUGCUAUUUGAACAGUUUUGGGAAGGAUUUCAAAGGUGGACAUUUUCACUUCCAGGAUGGGGAACCAAGAACUAUUGAGCCCUUGGCUGGAGAUGUUGUGAUGUACACAGCUGACGGCCACAACAUUCAUUCUGUUGAUGAGAUAAUUGGUGGGGAAAGACUUACGCUUACGUUAUGGUUUAGUCGUGAUGCAUCCCAUGACGAGGAUGCCAAACUUGUUUCCCUUCUCUCACAGAGGCUCUUACACAAUAAUGUGCCUGGUCCAUGCCUACCAUUGCUGGCUUCCAGUAACAUGUACUGGUUUUCUUUGGACCAAAUUUCUCAUCGCCAGUUGGGUUUUGAUAUAUGCUGGGCAAGACUGCAUGUUCUUGGCUUUGAUGUUUACUCGUAUCAAGACAGAAGCUGUGAUUCAGAUUUGUCAGAGUUACUGGCAAUGCCUCUGCAAUUAGCAAGGGGUAUUGAGCUGUUCAAUGUGGAAUUUGUCAACAUUUUGCAUGCUCUUCAGGUUGCGCAGUUUUACUAUUGGAAAGCCUCUACGAUGCAUACAUCCAAAGUCCAAAUAGACCAUGGAAAGGUGGGAGUACUCUCUCAAUCGCAGAUGGAAAAAAUUAAUCGGUUGAAGUCUGUAUUAUCGAAGGAUCAUCAGCAGGCCGAGAUGUUCUUCAGCUGCAUGAUUAGCAAUGAAAGCAGACAAUAUAUGUUUGAUUGGGCAGAUUUUGCUUCUACUGUUGCUGCAUGGGAAGAUUAUUCCUCGAAGUUACAUGAAGAAUUUCUUAGAAGCUUACCAUACUGGAGGACCCAUCAAUCAAUAUUUGAAGUUCAAUCAAAUGGAUCUUUCUGACCAACUUGUACAUUCUUUUAAUUUAACCUACUCGAAAUGCAUGAUACCAAAAAUUUACCCUCUGCCUCUUUUGGGU